AGCUGUGGAACUGGCAAACAUCUCUUCAAGGAAUGGGCUAUCGCGUCGCCAUGUCAUGUAAAAGCAAUGCGUCAUUGAUGUUUAACGCGUAAAAUGUAGAAAAUGAGUAUAUUUUGCAAUUUUCAAGUUACGUGAAGUAUCUAAUUGUACUUUAAAGUAUAACGAAGACGAUAGUUAUAUUUUUAAUUUCGGAUGACUAAUUUUUACGUGAAUAUUUUGUGAUUACAUGAUGACUUUUCAAAGAUGAGUGACGAAACUCCGGGGGUGGGGCAGGGUGCUCUGCCCCCGAGAGAGGGCCAAUGCCUUCGAGCCAUGGCAGAGCGCCCUGCUGUUAGUGGUGCUACUGUAAGGGUUGCUCAGGUUGUUGGUGGACAGUAUGUGUUGACAACACAAUCAUCUCAUGGUAUGCCAGCAUUAACACAGAUUUCAUCAGGUAACCUGACCGGAAGUACUAACGUCGCUCGCCUAAUAAACAUAAGUGCAUCAAGGGUAGGCCAAACAUCUCCCCUAAGGCCGAGCCUGGCCAACCAGUCUAUUGUAAAUGUCUUAACAAAGUCUCGGCCGAAUUCAAAUGUACGCUUACAACUGUUUCCAUCCGGAGAAAGUUCAGGAAAUAAUGUACAACAGCACAGCUCUCACGCGAGGUCUCUCAAAAGACCGUCGUCUUCCACCGGCGAAAAGAAAGAUAGUUACGCCACCAAGUUACAGCAUGUCAUGAACUAUCGCAUAGUACGGUCCAAAUUAGUGAAGGAAAAAUAUAACGAACAUUUGCUAGAGACGUACUAUUUGGAAACGGGAAACAACAUAUUAGAUUUGUACCAAUUUGCCAAAAGACCUAAAACUCAGGCGUAUCUAGCGUACCUCAAAGAACACGCCAUAGAUCCUAGAGAUUACCCAGAACUCUCCUGCAGCGUGAACGUCCCACAAACAACACCCAGUACACCAUCUGCUACCUCAGCUAGUUCUCUACCGGGUAUCUCGCAUACCUACUCUAUCCAGACUAGUAGUUCAACUGUAACGACACCAGAAAGUCAUAGUAACACUUCAACACCUAAAUCGACAACUGUCAAAAUGAAGUCUGCAUCUCACAGUAGUAGUGCUAGUCAGGAAAUGAUAGUAGAAAAGGCCAAACAAGAGGCUUACGUAGUUCAACGAAUAUCUGAUUUGCAGAAGGAUGGUUUAUGGUCGGAAAAAAGAUUGCCAAAAGUGCAAGAAAUGCCGCGGACGAAGGCCCAUUGGGAUUUUUUACUCGAAGAAAUGGUCUGGUUGGCAGCUGAUUUUGCGCAGGAACGCAAAUGGAAGAAAGCCGCUGCUAAAAAGUGCGCCAGAAUGGUUCAGAAAUACUUCCAAGACAAAGCACUAGCAGCUCAACGUGCAGAGAAAGCACACGAGCAGAACCUCAGAAGAAUAGCCGCUUUCUGCGCAAAAGAAGUUAAGAAUUUCUGGAAUAACGUCGAAAAACUAGUUGAGUAUAAACAGAAUACCAUUCUCGAAGAGAAACGGAAGAAGGCUCUAGAUCAGCAACUUAGUUUCAUCGUUGAUCAAACGGAGAAGUAUUCACAAUUGCUGGCUGAAGGGAUGAAUAAAACCGCUGAACAACCUCCUAGUUCAGCACCAUCGCGGUCGGUAUCGCGAGCACCUUCAGACACCGAAUUCGAUCCGGAUCUUCAGAGCGACGAGGACGACGAAGAGACCAUAGCGCAAGAAGAAGCAGCGCUAGGUAAUGCCGGACAGAAGGAGGAAAUCGAAGCGCUUCAAAAAGAAUCUCAGAUGGAUUUGGACGAUUUACUGGAGGACGACUUAUUGAGAAAUUACCUUUUGAAUCGCGACAACAUCCGGUUGAGCGAAUCGGAAGACUCCGACGACGAGGUGGAUUCUAAAAAAGGAGGCACCUCUAAGGCGGACGACGAAUCUGAUGCCUCUGAAUCCUCCAAAGAGGAAGAAGAGUGCGAAGAUUCGGAGGAGGAAAGCGAAGAUGAAACAAAAGUCACGGAAUCUACGACUCAGGGUGAACACGAGGAACUCAAAUUGUUAGUUGCAGAUUCUCAAAAAGAGGGAGAUAUGAAGACUGAAACCGAUACAAAAGACGACCUUAUCAACGACGCGGCUGCUAUAGCUGAGAGUAUUCAGCCAAAAGGAAAUACUUUAUCUUCUACUAAUGUCUCGACCAACAUACCGUUCUUAUUAAAAUUCUCCUUAAGAGAAUAUCAACACAUUGGUUUGGACUGGCUGGUGACCAUGUACGAAAGGAAAUUGAAUGGCAUCCUAGCUGACGAAAUGGGUUUGGGAAAGACCAUUCAAACUAUAGCGCUUCUCGCGCAUUUAGCAUGCGAAAAGGAGAACUGGGGUCCCCAUCUUAUAGUGGUGCCCACUUCGGUGAUGCUAAAUUGGGAAAUGGAGUGCAAGAAAUGGUGCCCGGCUUUUAAAAUUCUCACGUAUUACGGUACCCAAAAGGAGCGGAAGUUCAAACGGAUAGGAUGGACUAAACCGAACGCCUUUCACAUUUGUAUUACGUCUUAUAAACUAGUCAUUCAAGAUCAUCAGAGUUUCAGGCGGAAAAAGUGGAAGUAUUUGAUUUUGGACGAAGCGCAGAACAUAAAAAAUUUCAAGUCUCAGCGGUGGCAGUUGCUGUUGAAUUUUCAAACUCAGCAACGUCUGCUAUUAACUGGUACACCUUUACAGAACAACUUGAUGGAAUUGUGGUCUCUGAUGCAUUUUCUAAUGCCCAACGUUUUCCAAUCACAUCGGGAAUUCAAAGAAUGGUUUUCUAAUCCCGUUACGGGGAUGAUAGAAGGAAAUUCCGAAUACAACGAAAGUAUUAUUAAGAGGUUACACAAGGUGUUGAGGCCAUUUCUGUUAAGAAGGCUGAAAAGCGAAGUAGAAAAACAAAUGCCAAAAAAAUACGAACACGUCGUCAUGUGUAGGUUAUCAAAGAGGCAGAGAUAUUUAUACGAUGAUUACAUGUCUCGAGCAAAGACAAGGGAAACAUUGGUCAGUGGAAAUUUAUUAAGUGUGAUAAAUGUAUUGAUGCAACUAAGAAAAGUCUGCAACCAUCCAAAUCUAUUCGAAGUGAGACCGACAAUAUCGCCUUUCCAAAGCGAGGGUAUUAGAUUACAUAUUCCAUCCAUUGUAUACUCUGCUUUAGACUACGAUUUUACAAAACAUGUUAACCUUCAAGCUCUAAAUCUCCUAUUAAUUAUGCAAGAAAUUCAUUUCGCUUCCUAUCAGUGCUAUCGAAUGCGGCAGUCUAGAAAUUCGAAGAAAAUUAUAGAAAUUGAUAAAAUGAGUGUUAAAAAUCCGCCACCGAUACCACCUUGUAAAUUAGCCAUGCGAGUUUUGCCUGAUAAAAUUAGCAACAAUACUGUUAAAGAAGGCAAAAGAGAGAUGCCAAUUUUGACGCCAACUCAACCGCCACCAUUACAACUGAAGAGUAUCGGACAGCAAAAUAUGAAAGUAAAAGUUUCUGGCGUGCAACUAGUCAAUCCACAGGGUAUUUUAAAAAAUUUAGCUAUUCCCGUUGUGAAUAUAUCACAAGGAGCGACGGGUCAUAUAGGUACACCUGUCAGCGUGACGUCUGUAUUAAAACCACCUGAUAAAAUAUCUGCCAGUUUUGCCCAGUUGGUGCAAACGUCCACUGGCAAGCAUUUAUUAUUGACGUCGAAUCCAAAUAUUACUGCAAACAUCCCAGUGACGUCGACGACAUCAGGUGGGCAAAAAUUAACGUUCCUGUCUAAACAACCGGUGUCUACGAUAGGAAAUGCGGGUCAUUCUGUCACAAAAGCUUAUGUCAAAUUCCAGUUGACAUCCGUGACAACGGCAACAACUUUCACAACUGUUACUACAGCGAAUUCCAAUACCAUUUCCAUAGUAAAGAGCGAUGACAACAAAGCAAAAGGUGUUCGUACUUCUGUUGGCAUUGAUUAUAUAGGUAAACUUUAUUCUAAACAAAAUAGUUUGGAUGUGCGGUGGAAUAACGAUGAGAAGAAUUUAGGUUUAACAAAUGAAGACGAUCCUAAAGGGGAACGCAAAAAUAGACUAGCGCUAAUGGCCAAAAUAAACAAAGCCCGAUGUUCGGCUCUGCCGUUGUACGGACGAGACUUCCAAGAUGCCGUCAAAAUAUUUUCUCCCAAUAAAUUAAGUGCUUGGGACGGCGGUGGUGUUCAUUGCUUGAACGCUUUGUACAAUAAAAACAUGAAAGACUGUACGGAUUGUCUGAAAGACAUGCUGUAUAAUCCUGAAAGGAGGUUAGAGGAUCUCAAAGAUACUUUUGACCGAUUUAUUAUUUAUGUACCUGCCGUAAAAGGUGUAGAACCUGAACAGCAAGUGUGGCAUCCGCCGCCUAGCAAAUACUGGGGCCAAAAACAAGAUAAGCAUCUUAUACAGAAAUUGUUCCUUAAACCAGCUACACCUCUUCAUAGCAUCGCUUCUGCCAUGGUCACUCAGUUCCCGGAUCCAAGACUUAUCCAAUAUGAUUGUGGAAAGUUGCAAACCCUUGACGUACUAUUGAGAAAAUUAAAAGCAGAAGGGCAUAGAGCACUUAUAUUCACACAAAUGACAAAAAUGUUGGACGUUUUAGAGGCGUUUUUGAACUACCAUGGGCACAUAUAUCUUAGGUUAGAUGGUACGACAAAGGUGGAUCAGAGACAGGUCCUUAUGGAACGGUUCAAUGGUGACAAGCGAAUCUUUGCUUUUAUUCUGUCCACGCGUUCUGGUGGUGUCGGCGUGAACCUCACUGGAGCGGAUACUGUGAUAUUUUAUGAUUCCGAUUGGAAUCCAACUAUGGACGCUCAGGCACAAGAUCGUUGUCAUCGAAUUGGACAAACCAGAGACGUACACAUUUAUAGAUUAGUCAGCGAAAGGACAAUAGAGGAAAAUAUACUAAAGAAAGCCAAUCAGAAACGAUUACUCGGAGAUCUAGCGAUAGAGGGCGGUAACUUCACUACAGCCUACUUUAAGAGUACUACAAUUCAAGAUCUAUUCAACAUUGACCAAAACGAAGAAAACGCGGCUACGAGGAUGUCCGAAGUGAUGGAAAUGAAGAAAGAUCGAGAGAAGGCAUUGGCGGGUGAAAGUUCCGCUGUGGACGAUAAGGCAGCGGUGGGAGCAUUAGAAAACGCUUUGGCUGCAUGCGAAGACGAUCAAGACGUUCAAGCCGCCAAGACUGCCAAAGCGGAGGCGGUGGCAGACCUAGCGGAAUUCGACGAAAACAUUCCUUUGGACGAACAGGAGAAAGAAAAAGAACCUGAGAUCAGCAAGGCCGAACAAGAAAUCAACAACGUUAUAGAGAAGCUGACUCCCAUAGAAAAAUACGCAAUGAAGUUCAUCGAAGCGACUGAAUCUGCUUGGUCGGCGGAGCAACUAGCUGCAGCUGAAAGGGAAAUCGAAGAGCAAAAGAGGGAAUGGGAACAAAACCGUCUGGCGGCGAUGAAGGAAGAGGAAGAACGAAGGGCGCGCGAACUGGAAGAGGAAGGCGAUAUUAUCACGUUUUCAAGAGAGGACGCCGGCAAUCAGGUUAGCUCUAAAACUAAAAAGUUAAAUAGAACUAGUAGAUUGUUAAAUAAUAAAGACAGAAGGGGUAGGAAAAAAUCUCAAUUGACGUCGGAAGGUAAGCAAAUCAAAAAGUUAAACGCAAAGAAGGUCUCUCAAAAACCCAAAGAGACGCCACAGGAACCGGUGGAAGUAUUUGAAUCAUCACAAAUGGAGGAAUCUCAAAACACCGAUACUGAUGAUAACACGAUCGAAAGUGGCGAAUCUGAUAAAGAAGAAUCGCUUGAAACGAAAGGCGUUUCUAAUCAUGUAGAUCACAAUUCUCCGAGAACCAGAUCUAGAGGUACUGUAGCUAUAAAUUUAUGGACUUUAGACGUUAGUCCAAUUUUACCCGGAGAAAAACCCAUGAGAAAACAAGGGGAAAACAAGAAAUAUUCUAAACGCUAUAAAUCUGUCUCGGUCUCUGAAGAUGACAUUGACAGUCAACCGGAUUCGGAUAAUCAUAAAACGAUACCAACUAAAAGGAAGAGAAGACGAAAAAAUAACAGCAGCCUAGAACCGUCUGAAGAUGAAGUAGCAAAUGAAGAUAAAGAGGAAUCUAACGUGAAACCUGGGACAAUUAUAACCAAAAGCAAAAAUUGUAAAGUAGUAUUAAAUAAUAUAAUGUCCGAUAAAAGGUAUAAAAUUAAGGAAAUUCUUAAGAUAAAGGAUGAAAUGGAAAUAGCUACAGGUAAUCAGGACGAAACUAGUAUUAAAAAAAUUGAUAUAAAUAAAGAAAGUCAAGUGAUUAACAUAAUCAGUACUGAAAAUAAUAUAAAUGAAAAUAAACAUGAAAGUAUAUCAGAAAUUGAAGAUGGUAACAAUACAGCUGAAUCAUCACUUGAUGAUAUUCUGGAAGAAGAAUUUCCUACCAAAGACGAAGAUAAACUAGACGAAUCAUGUCUUAAUGAUAUUUUGGAAGAAGAGUUUCCUACCAAUGAUGAAGAAGUAGAUGAAGAUGCUCUGCUUAAUGACACCAAAGAUGAAUAUAUGUCUGACAAUUAUAUUAAAAAAGACAAAGCUGACAAAGGGGUUGCUGUUUCUGAAGAACAAGAUACUACAGAUAUUGAAAACAAGAAUGAUAACAAACCUUCCAGUGUUUCUGAAGAUAAAGAUGAUAGGGAAUUUGAAAAGUACUCAAUUAUUGAUACUUCUGAUUUAUGUGACUGGGAAUCUGAAUACAUCACAAAUUAUAAGAAAACUUUUUCUGAAGAUAAAUAUACUAAUUAUUCUGAACCCAAAGAAAGGAAUCUCUCUGAGCAGCAGAACACAAAAGAGGAUGCUCUUGAUGGGGAAAAAGAUACAAUUGAUGUUAAACAUAAAGAGAAAAUUGAUACAUAUUGUGUUGAUAAAACUGAAGAUCAACUAAAAAUUGAUGAAAAGAAUAAGGAACAUGUUAAAUUAGAAAACGAAGUAAAAUAUGUUAAUGUAUGUGAUAAUAAAAAUAAAGGUAGUAACGUUGAGUUGCAUAAAGAAAUAGCACAAUCAGAUAGUGAUGAUUAUAAGCUGGAGUGUUUAAUAGAACCACCGAAUAGUUGUAACCAAAAUAGUUUGCACUUAAAUACCUCCGAAUCUUCCGAUUUGGAAUCGCCCAAGGAGAACAUCAUAAACAAUAAAUGUCACUUGGAUAACGGUGUUUCGGAAUUAAAUAAAAUCCCUACUAUAGUAACGUUUGACAGAAAUGUUACUUUUAGGUCGCCGGAACCCAGAAAAAAUUAUAAAAAAUUCGGGAAGUUUUCGAACAAUCGGACUUUAGAUGGUUGGGUAAAGAGAAAGCCUGCCGAUUCGGUGAAAUUCGGCGGUAAAUAUGGAAGGCCGGAUUCUUGUAGUGGUUCUCACGAUAAAUACUAAGAAAUAUUAUUUGAAAAUGGGCGGUUUAUUUUUUGAUUCAAUUUAACUCUAAAAAGUCUGAAAAUGUAUCAUUUUAUAGAAAACGUAGCAGAAGUUACGAUUAGUAAUAUUAUUAUUUAUUUCAUUUUGCUAAAUGUCACUGGUCUUGUUUUUGCACAUUUUCUAUACAGAGUGUUUUUAAUCAUGAUUUAAAGAUUUAAUACUGCUUGCUAUAUUGGAAACUGUAAAACGUAGAAAAUUGUAUAAAUGGUAAAAAAAUUGUGUAAAAGAAAAAAAAAAUUUGCGUCUUUAUUUUUAUAUGCAUUUUCUAUACGAUGCAUUGUAUUUUUAGGACCAUCAUCAGGCUAUCUUUUUUAUUUUGGAUUGUAACUUAUUUCUGCCAUAUUCACCAUUUUUAUAAUAAUUCUCAGGCAAAAUAGCGAGUUAGUACUUCUGUUUAUUAACAGUAGGUUAACACUCUCACUGCCAGUGUAAUAUUAAUACACCCCUAUUGUAACAAAGGUGCAAUGUACACAAAUAACUUUUUGUUUUAAGCUAAAAUGUAACCUUGAUGUUAGGGCUACAGCUCGAUAUAUAGAACUUUUGCUUUUGACGAUUCUUAAUAGUUUAGGAUUGUUUCUCAUUAAAACAGGAUUUGCAAUAAUGUGGAUUGCAUUCACAUUGUUUUCUAUUGAUGUAAAAAAAUGUUACACUUGGCACAGGAUAGUAAUUUCCUUUGCAGGCCAGUGACAUUAUUGUACACCCUACGAAAAUAAACUAAAAAAAAUAGAAAAAAACACCAAAUAUAACCUUCUAAUAGCAAAACAACAUAUAUCAAAAAACAAAAAAACAAAAAUUGGCUGGUGUACUUUAAUGUUACACCUGCCGGUGAGAGUGUUAAUAAUUCUGGUGUCAACUUAACACGCCAACUUCCUUUAUUAUUUUUGAGACUUUGUUCUUUGUAUGUCUAAAUUCCAACUAGAACAUUCCAGUUUCUAUAGCGUUUCUAGUAUGUUUUGUAAAGUUUCAAUAAUAGAAAGGAUAUGAAAGAUGUAAUUUCAUUAAUAAUUGUAGAACGGUAAAUUAAGUUUGGGAAAUAAAAAGUACCAAUGUCGUUUUUAACAAACCAAAGCAGGAAGACAAUAGUAAAUUAGGGAAGUCUAUUCUUUUGAAUCUUAAAAAAUCUCUUAGUUUCUGUCCACUAUUUUUACAACAAAAACAAUAAAUUUACAUCAGAUAACUAUGAAAACGGUAUCAACUUCCCAAACUAAAAGCUGAUAACUUUAACUUUGAUAGCCCCUAAAUAUGGUUGCUGUUGUUGUUGUUUAGUCGUUUAAUGUCUUUUAUGGUUUGCAAUAUAGCAAUAAUAAAUUUAAGAAAGAAAAAACGCCCUGUUAUAUUUUGAGUCGAAAAACAAAGCGAACAUUUUCAAUUACAAUGGUGAAUCUCUUCCCCCAUCUGAACUUUAACUAGAAAUUGUAAAUUACUUAUUUAUAACUAAUAUGUGAAAAUGUGAUUUAGAGAGUUAUCCUGUACAGAACAUUAGGUUUAAUAGUUUUUUUACGGAACAAUUUUUAUUGCGCAUAUUUGUAAAUUAUAGUGUGAUUGUGUACAUGUUGGUUGCCUUCCAAAAAGACAUUUAAACAAUUGGAAAAGCGAUUUUUUUUCUAAUUUUCAUUACUGUUGAUUUAUUAAUUUAUUGAUGUUUUUGAAACUUUUUUCUUUAAUUUUAUUGUUCAACUGGACUAUAAUUUUUGAAAUCGCUUUUGGCAUUUUUUAUCAGAAAUUUUUGAGUUAACAAAAUAAAAAAAAUAUAUUAAUUGGCAUGCAAAUAAAAAAUUUUAAAAAUGGUUUUAGUGCAAUAAAAAAACAUUCUAUGAAAAUGCCUAAAUGCGAUAUUCUGUUGUAAAUAUUUAUUUGUGUGGUUUAAUGCAAUUUUUUAUCUAAAUCUUUAUUUUUUUUAUAUUUUAUUUAAAAAAUUUACGUAUAUUAUACAUUAUUAAUUUCUGGAAAAAUAAAGCAUCAUUGUUUUUGGUAAAUAUGAGUGCCUUUGACAAAAAAAAAACAAAAAAAAAAAAUAAUGUAGAGUUUCGAAUUAUAUAACUUUUUUUUAUUAAACUAUUGCACUGGACCACACCUUGUUCAGGUUUUAAAUUUGAAUUCUGACUUGAGAAAUUUUGCAUUUCAAAAUAUACAAAGUUCUAUUUUUUCUUACGUUAUUGAUAUGUCAUGGAAAAUUUUUCACGUCACCUACAGUAUCACAUUUACCAGUAAUGUACAUACUUAAUACAUAUGAAAAAAAAAAAAAAAUAAAGAAGUUCUCUUGCAAAUGUUUUUUGUUGUUUGUUUUGCGGGGUGGACGUGGGUUUUGGUGCCUUCUUUGCUCUCAAUGUCCGCAGCGGGCACCAAAACACUGCCCCGCUGGACAUGAGCAAGUGGGCUUCUUUAUAACCCUCGAACCACCCCACAGUCACCCGAUAAAUCCUUAUUUUAUUUUGAAACUACUGAAUAGCUUGAUUGGAUAUGUGACAAUUUUUUAACUCGACGAUCACUAGAAGUUUUACAAAUUAAAUUGGUUUAUUUAAAGAUUGGAAUACAAAGUAAAAAAUCUAAAUUUGCAUCCAUAACUAAGUUCUAUACUGAAUUCGUGACCAAUGGAAUCUAAGGAUUAGGUGUCCGUAUUUGUUAUUCUUAUAGUCUAUUUUUAUGUAUGAGAUAGUAUUAAAAUAAAGCGUUCGUAAUCCAUAGGCGUACCACUUCUUUUAGUAGACAGUUAAAAUAUUUUUGAAGUUAUUCCUCAAGUAUACAUUUAUAUUUUCACCUAAUUAACCUGCUUAUAACUUCUAAACAGCUGAAGGUAAAAAAGUGCAAAAUGUUUUAUUUUUCCACAAGGUAUGUUAAAAACAUUGUGUCAAACGGGUUAUGUAGGUAUAAGGGUUUAAACUUUGACUUUAAAACAACGUUACGUUCAUAAAUAAUAAUUUUAAUAUAAAAACUACUUCUUACCUACAAAUCCAAAUCAGAAUCGAAAUCCGAAGAUGAACUGUCGCAACCAAUAUUUACAAUGAGUGGCUCGAUCAUUUCAUCAGUAAUAUUGUUCAACUUCCACAUUUUCUCUUCUUCUUUAAUCGUAUGAUGUACUGCCUUUUCCCAGUUUUCAGGCUUCACAUUAUUUACAACCUCCAAAAACAACUGUUUAACAUCACUCAUUUUAAAAGAAUUAUUUUUUCUUCAAACUUCUCCCUUUAUCUGUGCCCAUAUCAGUUCAAUCGGGUUUACUUCGCAAUGAUAUGGUGGUGAUCUAACCACCGUCAUCCCACGAUUUUUUGCAAUUUCAUAUUUUUUGAAUUUUUCUUUAUGAAGGGAACACAAAUGAUACAGUUCUUUUCUCACAGAACCGGGAUGGAACUUAAUAUUCUUUGAAUUUAGCCAAUUCUGUAAAUCUUUUUUUAACCACUUGGUAGUGGGCAUUUUUUCUAUAAGUCUCGAGUAAUAACUUGCAUUAUCCAUUACUAUUAUACAGUUCUGAGGAAGAAGAUCUAUAAUUUGUUCGAACCACUCUUUAAAGACAUCAGCAUUCAUGUCCUCAUGGUGGUCACCGGUACGAGUAGAUUCAAAAGUCAAUAAACCACCUUUAACAAAACCGUUUGAACUACCGAUGUGCACUAUUAUUAGUCUGCGCCCCUUCCCUGAUGGUGGAUUUAAACCAGUAGAUAAAUUAUUAAAAAAAGCCUGUCUUCGACUUGUAACAGUUUCAUCUUGCCAAAAUUUAUUUGGUUUAUGUCCCUCGUUGAUCCAUGUCCAUAAUAUAUAUUUCUUCUUUGGUUUCUCAUUUCUUUUAUAGUCCUUAGGUAAUUUCUUCUCCAUACUACAAUAUCGCUUCUUUCUAUUAAAAUAGACUUUCUGGAAUGCUUUUUCCAUAGAAAACCUAUUUCUUUUAAAAGUUUCCAUAGUGUGCUUCGAGUCAUUUCAGGGUAAUCCUUAUCAUCUCGAACCGUGGCAAGAACUUUGUCUACUGUCGGAAAU